AUGGAGGAUCAAAGUAUUUUAACAUCAAAAGCAUAUAAACGAGUUGAAGCAAAUUUAAAGGAUAAAUUAAAACCAACAUUUCUGAAAACUUAUCCACAUCAUUUGAUGCCAGGAUACAAUUUACAUAAUGAUUUUUCUGUUGAUGACUUUGAUUUGGAAAAUGUUGUGGGACAGUAUCAAGAUUAUCCAUAUCACUGUGAUCUACCAAGACCUUUGCUGCCUCCUGUUAAGUUACCAAGAAAUGUGUUAAAUGAAGAGGAUCCUGCACUGGAACUACUUAGUCUUAAGAAUCAUAUAAAUGAUGACAUGCAGAGGCUAAAGCAGUAUUAUAUUAAACAUGAAAAAGAAUUAGGACGCACAUGUAAAAAAGAUAUUAAAUGGCAGCACACAAAAGAAGCAAUUACUGCAAAAGUGCCUAAAUAUGUAGCAGAUAUAGCAGAAAUUAUGAACAUGGAUCCAGAUCCAUAUUUUGAAGGGGCUUAUAAUUGGUAUUUUACUGGUGGAUGUGUAAUUCAUGUGCGAUUGAAUAACAAAAGUGUCUUACUUUUUCCAUUCAUGGGUGAAUUAGUUGCUGCACCUAUUAAUAAUGUUGAAGAAUUUUUAUGGAAACCAGUGUUUCAAAAGGCAACUAAAUGUAAACUUGAUGGUCCAUUAUUUGAAUUAAAACACAAUAUCAAUGUUAAUACAAACACAAUUCUGGGUAGAUACAAAAAUCAUUGUAAUUUUUAUAUGCUAUCUGAACGUGACACCAAAUUCAGACUUGCUGAAAUCCAUCGGCAACCAUCAAAAGUUCCAUAUGUUAGCGCAGAUUUAAGUUCAAUUAAUACCAAUCAGUAUUGUACAGUAAAUAUAGAAAGAUGUGUGACAUUGUGGGACAUCACUAAAUUGAAGUAUGUGAGUCGUAACACUGUAAUGCAAACUACAGUAGUAGACGAUUCAUGGGGAAGUAUAAAAUUUGAUAUGUUAGAUCCAAAUGUUAUUUUAUUUGUAGAUAGGUGCUGUCUGAAUUAUCUGGAUGUAAGGAUUCCAUUUGAUCGACCAGCAUUAUCAUUAUGUCCAAAAUCAGUUUUGGAGAAAUGUGAAAGCCUUACAUUAGAUAUUGAAAGUAGACAUAAUUUUUGUAGAUAUGUAGCAUCUUAUCAUAAUGUUUUGAUGUGUGAUAAACGUUCCCCAAAACAAUGCGUGCAACAGAAGUGGACGCAUCAAUUUAAAAGUCCACCACUACUGGGUCAAACUAUAGAUAGAGAAGGCACGGAAUUUAUCGUCUUGACUAGUCAAGUACCCACUGAAAGUAUAAUAAUUUUAAAUACUUGGACAAGUAGUGAGACUUCACAUUCCUUUAAUUUUCCGUUUACUCCGCCUCAUGUUACGAAAACACUCAAUGAAUCUCAACUUCAAGGAAUGUCUUUAAACCCAUAUUUAAGAAACAGAUUUGAAUUAUGUAAUGUUGGAUCUGCACUUAUAAAAAACGAAGCUGAAAAUAUAUUUCUAUUUCUUCAGAAUUCAGUUGGAGACAUGUAUUAUCAAUGUAUAACACACGAGGCUAUAUUAGAUAAAUAUUCACCUAUUAAUUGCAAGUCAUAUUGCAUAUUGAAUAAUUGGGAAAAUGCAGUGUCUUCACAAGCAGAGACAAUAGUACCGCUUACAGUUUCUGAAAAAUCAAACAUGCAACAUGUCUAUGAAUGUUUUACUAACAGAAAGUUACGGUUAAAAUAUAAAAAGCGUGAUUCGGAUGAUUACUAUGUACCAAGUUGGAAACAAUCCCUUGAAAAAUUGAACUGUUACAUGGAUAUUUUAGCACCAGAACUUUUGGCGGUAUGGGAAAUAUGUGAAGAAGUGCCAUUACCUCUAACAGCAGCACCUCACCAAAAGGUCUUAAGUUGGCUGGAGUCGGCAGAUACUAAAGCAUUAGUGCCUUCACAAGAAGAUUCGGAAAACGUAGCAACACCAGUUAAUACACAAGAAUUGAUAAGCGUGUCACAAGAAAUAGAUAUAACUUGUUUAGAUGACAGUAACGUUUUACAAGAGUUACUUUUACCAAAAGUUAAAUCCCGUCCGAAGAACAAAGACUCUAUUCGAAAAAGACAAAGAACAUAAAACCUGGUAAUUUAUUUACAA